AUGUUUCUUGAUCUACUUUUAGGAGCCACCAUUGUGGCGGCAGUGCGCACAAAUGUUGAGCGAGAUGCUUCACCCGCUAUUGCUGUUAGUGGACGAGUUCCCCAAACCGCUGGAGCUGCCAUCUUGAAUCCAUUUGUAUCAUUCUCGAUCGAAUUCUCUUCUUUCCCCGAUUUCGCUGGCAACUCUUCCCUGCCGAACAAGUUCUCAAAGAGCCUGCUCGACAAUCUUGGUAAGCUCCAAGGUGGAAAGCCACAUAUUCGCGUUGGUGGAAACACUCAGGACCUUGCCUUGUACGAUCCGGAUCUAAAGACAGGAAUCCAAGGAACAUAUGUCCCUGCUGUGUCUGAAGAUUAUCCAUCUAUCAUCUCAUAUGGACCCUCAUACUUCGAGUCAUACUCGACUUGGCCCGGCGUCAAAUUUAGUCACGGCUUCAAUAUGGGUAAGAAUGGCACUGCGGGCAUGGAUAAUCUCAUUGCCACCGUUCCACUGGCAUGCAAAGCACUUAAAAACGGAAAACUGGCAUACUGGGAGAUCGGAAACGAGCCAGAUCUUUUCAGGACAACCAGACCGAACAGUGUACGACCUACGAGUUGGACUGAGAGUGACUAUGUGACAGAAUGGUUGGCCAAGGCACAAGUAAUCAAGCGUCAGCUCAAGAAGAGUUGCCCUGAAAUGGCGACGGAUGCCGAGUACAAGUAUCUUGCGCCGUCAUUUGCAGGUAUAAAAAACAGUCUGGACCCGCUCAAGACCUGGCAAAGCGGGCUUGAUACGGACCACAAUGUUGGUUUGAACUCCAUGCACAACUACAUCGGCGGUGCAGACCAACCAGGUGUCACCCUUCGCCACACCCUUAUGAACCAUACUUCAACCGCACACAGCGUCGACCAACAUGCCAAGCUUUCCCAAGUGCUCAACACACAAGGCCUGACCAAGGGUAUUCCCUACAUUCUUGGCGAGACAAAUUCACUUUACCAUCAAGGCAAACCAGGACUAUCAAACUCAUUCGGUGCCGCACUCUGGGUUGUGGACUUCAAUCUCUAUUGCGCAUCACAAAGCAUCCAGCGAACACAUAUGCACCAGGGCACCGACUACCGCUACGCAUCCUGGCAGCCUGUCCAAACUAACAAGACAACCAUUGGAACCAAGGCACCCUACUACGGUAACGCAAUGGUCGCCGCAAUGCUAAAGAGCAACAAGGAGAGCGACGAUGUACAGGUUGUCAAUCUCCCCUUAUCGGAAGAGACAGAGGCUGCUUACGCGGCAUAUGUGAACGGUCAUCUGGCCAGGAUUGCCGUGGUCAAUCUGCAAGAAUACAACUACACAACCUCGGACUCGGAUUCGCUAUCGGAUUCGCCUUCAGAUUCGACGCAGCGUCCCGUGGCAAAGUACUCGUUCCAGAUCCCUGCAACCUUGGCAAAAUCGUUAUCCGUCCAAAGGCUUAUGGCAAAUGGCAGCGAUGCCAUUACAGGUAUCACCUGGGACGGCUGGUCAUAUAACUAUGAACUCCAGGGCGGGAAGCCUGUGCGGCAGUCCAAUGUCACGAUUGGUGAAUCGCUGUCUGUGAGCAAGGAAGGGAUGAUUGAUAUUGAGGUACCUUAUUCUAGUGGUGCGAUGAUCAAUCUUUAG